UCACCACCAACUGCAAAGAUUGCAUUUAUAACGUUUUGUACUCAUACGCUGCAUCUUCGCAUGAGGAAGUGGCGCUCACAGAACAAAGAGCUUAAUACCGUACUACUGCUACUCAUAGUCAGAGGGGGUUCCCUCAGCAGUCACCCAUAAUCAGGCUGCUUGCACUUUGGACUAAAGUCCCUCUGGGACACCCCCUACACACAAUGACAACAGAUACUGGGUUUCCCCUACCCCCGCCAAACUUCCCGAUCAUUCCAAAUUGCUUCCAGUUUCUGUUUCUGGUAGCUCAAAGUAAGCUGCUCUCUUUGUGUCUGAAUCAAGAGACGCAGUUUGGAAAAAGAAAGGGCAGAUAGAGCUGGCAAGGGGAUCGGCUAUCUGCCCCGUGCCUAACCAUGGCCCCGAUCUGGUGGUGGUGGGCGCGGGGCCCCAACGGGCUCCUCCUGCUCCUGGUGGUGUGGAAUCUCCUUAGCUCUCCAGGGAGUUGUAAUGAAGGGAGUCACGCUGCAUCAGAAUGUCACUGCCUUAAACCAAAAGAACCUGUAACUGAUGAGAAAAUUAAUACAUUUACAUUAAAUUACAAGAGUCAUAUUGAAUGCAGGAAUAAUCAGAUCAUGUUUAUCUUGAAAGAGAAAGGACAAGGAAAGGAAAAACGUAUUUGUGGCCUCAAAUGGCAUGAAUGGGUGAAUAAACUGAUUACAUCUGUAAAAAGUGGCUCAAAAAAACAAAACAGGGUUGAGUCUGCUUCAAACUCCGAAAUGGAAAACCUGCAGCCACAUGACAGAACCCCAAAGUCUGCCUCUGAAGCCUGAGAAAUAAAUGGCAUAAGAAUAGAAUGUGAAUCGAUUACAUGAAUGCAUAUUGAAACAGUAUAUCAGCCAAUGACUAGCUUGUGUCUCAUAUAUUUCUAUUAUAUCUCCUAACUUUACCAGUUCACUUGUGCUAUAUAUUCUUCAGCUUAGUGCAUAGAAAUGUAGGCUAAGUGGUGGUAUUGGUGGUGGACAUGCUGUCAGCUGCACAGCACUGAAAAGUAUCUUUAUUCAAACCAUUUGAAAUUUCACAUAUACACAUUUGUAUGCAGUUGUUUAACAGUUUGUCUAAAACAGUAAUGUUUUGGGAGGUUUUUGGAGGGUGGCGCUAAGAUUUGGUAACUUAAUAGUGACAAAGCCGCUGUCAAGAAUACAGUUCAACUGCAGUCUUCUAAUCCACAGUUACAAAUCAUAAAAGCAAAAAUGUGCCUUUAUUUUAUUUAAAAGCCAUACUCACAUAUCCCGUAUUUAUAUAAUUCAGAUUUGAAAUCUGUGGGAAGCAAAAAAAUAGGCCUAAACUGAGGCUUAUUGCAUUAUUUAUGCAUCAUAUUUAAAGACCAAAGCCUCUUUAUAAAAAAAGGGAGAAAAAAGUGCUUUAAACAUACAUGAAUGUUGUCAAAAAUGUAACCCUAGAAACAAAUAAAAUGUUCUGAUUUAGUUACCACCAUCUGUAAACAUAUAUAUAUAUAUAUAUAUAU